AUGCCUCUCCUGUCACGACUGCUUCGGCCGUUUUCUACCACCAAUGUCUCUCUUUCCGUUGGCCCCGCAGAAUCGCUCGGCGCGCAGAGUUUCCCUGAGAAUGCGCAAAAGGCCACAUUCGCAGCCGGUUGCUUCUGGGGCGUGGAGAGCUUGUUUCGAAAACGAUUCGGGAACGGGAAGGGAUUGUUAGAAACGCGGGUGGGAUAUUGUGGUGGAGAUACACAGGCGCCCACGUAUAGAGGCGUGUGUACGGGUGCGACAGGACACGCCGAAGCGCUACAGAUGACCUUUGACCCUUCCAUCAUUUCGUACCGUCAACUAUUGGAGUUUUUUUACUCCAUGCAUGAUCCUACGACGCAAAAUCGUCAAGGCGGAGAUAUCGGCACCCAGUACCGCAGUGCAAUCUUUACACACAGUGAUGAGCAACGGCGGAUUGCAGAGGCUGUCACGGAGCUGGUAAACCAGAAAUGGUGGGCGAAUAAAGUGGCGACCGAGAUCACGCCCGCCGGCCAGUGGUGGGAUGCAGAGGAAUAUCAUCAGUUGUAUCUGAAUAAGAAUCCCGGGGGUUAUGAGUGUCCCGCGCAAAUGGAGACAUUGCUUUCACAGACUACCCCGUAUGGCCUACAGAGACAGCGCAUGUUCGCCCUGAACCUGCAGGUUGUAGAUCUCUCUACUCUGGAUACACAUUACUCCCUGCAACCCACAUGGAUUAGUGCUGGUUGA